AUGGCACUGGUAGAAACAAGGCCUGGAAAGUGGCCGAGGCACUGGCGUUUCCAUCACAAGCCUGCUCCUGCCCCUGCUUCCAGGAAAGCAAGGGUAUCCAAUGAGAUUUACCAACGAUGCUGGUUAGUGUUCAAGAAAGCUUCGAGCAAAGGCCCAAAGAGACUGGAGAAAUUUUCCGAUGAACGUGCUGCCUAUUUUAGGUGUUAUCAUAAGGUGACGGAACUCAACCAUGUGAAGAAUGUAGCGCGGUUGCCGAAGAGCACCAAGAAGCACGCCAUUGGGAUUUAUUUCAACGAUGAUACCUCUAAGACCUUUGCUUGUGAAUCAGAUCUUGAGGCUGAUGAGUGGUGCAAAGUCCUCCAGGUGGAGUGUAUAGGGACUCGGAUCAAUGACAUCAGCCUCGGAGAGCCCGACUUACUGGCCACUGGGGUGGAGAGAGAGCAGAGUGAGAGAUUCAAUGUGUAUUUGAUGCCAUCUCCCAAGUUCGAUGUACACGGCGAGUGUGCCUUGCAGAUCACCUAUGAGCAUAUCUGUCUUUGGGACACCCAGAACCCCAGAGUCAAACUCAUCUCCUGGCCGCUAAGCGCCCUGCGGCGGUAUGGACGCGAUGCCACGUGGUUCACAUUUGAGGCGGGGAGGAUGUGUGAGACUGGUGAAGGGCUGUUUAUCUUUCAAACACGCGAUGGGGAGGCCAUCUAUCAGAAAGUCCACUCUGCGGCCUUGGCCAUCGCUGAGCAGCAUGAGCGCUUGCUGCAGAGCGUGAAAAAUUCAAUGGUCGGCGACCUGCAGGCAGAGGAGGAGCAGACCCAGUCACCCAGCCCCUGA